CUCUUUAGCGUCUCCUCAGUCGGUCCCAAGCCGGGAAAGUUGGCUCGACGGAUUCUAUACGCGUCCCGACGCGUUUCAAUUUCUCGAGUGCAGGCGUCGCGACUAGCAGGGCGUCCAAUUACUGCUCUGAUGAUACUUCGUCGCGAGUGAGAUCCAACGGCGGAUUUGUACCACACACCGAUGGAAAUUACGACCUUCUCGGCCUCUUCAACUGCAGCUGGGAGGUCACCCUUGGGUUACGGCGGCAGCGCCCCGGCGUUCAUGGGCUUGAUGGAUUCGUCCGGAGUGGUGGCCAUGGCGGCAACGGCCGCAGCAGUGAAAGAUGCAACAACGGCAGCGGUGGGAUUAUCUUCCUCGAGAACGGGUCGAAGACGCAAACGAGGAGCAGUAAUUGCACCGGUUUCGACGGCGACAUGGUUUGAGGGGGCGGGGCUGGCCAAGGAAGAAGACGAGCUGCGGAAGCGACCUCAGCACCCGCCACGCUUGGUCGUUGGGAGCAGAGGCCCCGGAUUUGCUGUAGCCUCGGUGGAGGAGGAUCCUGGCCCACAUAUUUCAACCGGUGAGUUAGGAGGCUGCAGUGGCGGCGGCGUGGUAGGUGGGGUGGCGGAGCUGUGCCCACGGCAGGGGUGGUCACGGUGGUCGACCACAGCACGCACGGACGGUCGAGCCCGAGCCAGACAACCCACACAAAUUGGGCAGACCGCGUCAAUGUAUGGGCAAAGGCAAAAGCAAAUGCAAGAAUCCAGCACAGACGACAAGGCGACACAACUUCCCGGCACCUCGAACGUCGAUGGAUCGACAGAGACUGCCCAGUGGGAGAGACGGGACUCGAUCAGCAGCCGGUUGGUAAGUAUGCAGGAAACGGACGACGCAAAGGGAAAAGCCACCGGGGGGAAACGGAGAAGGACGUCGAAAAACGGACCGCCGCACGAAAGCAUACGGAGACGGUAUUCGCUCGUCGAUGGAAGCCGUCCAUUUCACCGACUGAAGACAGGACCGGAAACGCUGGCAAUUGUCGAGCGACGCUUUUCUUCGACGGCUUCGACGGCAUUAGGAUCGGCUCGUCCCGGCGACGAACCAACACCGGACUCCCCCCGCCAUUCCCCUUCAGGAACGACUUGGACGCUAGGAAAUGCCUCGUACCAUCAAGGAGCACCCAAGGCCGAUUACCAUCAAGACGAUGGAAGGGGAAAACCGGACAAUGAGCUACGAAGUUCGUGGCAUGGGCAUGAGCCGCAUGACUGGACCGCUGCAUCGACGUUAACACGUACGCGAACGGAGACUGUGCCACUGUUGUCACAAACGUCGCAAGCUGAAACGGUGAAUUUUGGAGAGAGUGAGGUCGCACUUUCCCCUAGUGCGCCGAUAGCGGCCCCGCCAACUUCCAACCGUCAAUGUCAAUCUGGUCGUGCACGAAUUGGCCAGGUACUACCACCCACGAGCAUGGCUGUCGGUAUGGAAUGGCAGUUACAGUCCGCCUGGCAUUUGUAUUCGCAUUCGAAUUCGGGGUCGCAGUUACAGCCGCAAUCACCGUCGCAAACACAGUCGCAGUUGGAACAGCGCGGUGUCUUCCCUGCUCACCGGUCUCCGGUCUUGUGGGACAACAAUCAUUGUCCACUCUCCACCAACAUCCCAGGCUCCGUUUUGGGUAUCCACACCGAAACUAUUCAAUCGCCUGACCUUGUGAUUCCGUCUCGGACGAAUGUAUCUGGUUUCCCGAGUCAGUCAUGCCUGCACAACUCUGGCGAAGAAGAGGCAGGCAAUACCGCUACGGGCAGCACGAAUAGGACUCAUGGGAGCACUGGUAGGGGUCAAGUCGGACAACCUUCAACUACUGCGGCUGCUGCAAUUACAACUGAUGAACGGGCAGGAACGACCGUGACAACUAAAGGUACUGAACAGUCUGAACCUCAGGCUCAGCAAUGGAAAGGGAGUCCGACAGUCAUGGCAGCAGCUAUCAGCGGAGGACAGGGAAAGAGGUCCGAGGUGGGAGAAGGAGCAGGUCACACCACCGUCACCACCACCACAUGUCCUUCCAUCUCCCCCAUCGUUCCUGACGCAAAUACCCAGCAUGCGCAACAAACGGCAAAUCACUCUCAGCAAAGUCAGAGUCAGCAUGCCCAAUAUACCAGUCCCCGUCACCUUCCCGGUGCUCAGUAUCAUUCCGAGCAUCAUCCCCAACAUUAUCCUGAACAUCAACAUCACCCCGAGUAUCAUCCUGGGUACCAGUACCACCAUUCUGGUUACCAUGAGUACGAAACUCAACCUCACGCCCUGUUACCGGUACCCCUGCAAUAUCCAGCACCAAUGCUCCAUCGCCUUGGGACCGGCACCACCUCUUCUUCCGGUUCUCCUGGGGAAAUCUCCGUCACGAGACCCAAUCCCCCGGUAUCGUUAGUCGGUGGUGGUAGUAAUCACCCUUCCUAUCAGUCCUCUCAUCAUCACUCCUCUCAUCAUUCCUCGCAUUAUUCCUCGCAUCACCCCUCCCAUCAGUCCUCCUAUCAUUCGCAUCCUACCGCCCCAGUCCUCCCCGGUCAAUGGCCAAUUCACGUCUCUGGCUCGAUGCCGAUCCCCGUAUCUGUCACACCACCGGAUCAUUCUGCACCGCCACUCAACCGUCUUUCUUCGACCCAGACUCCUGUCUCUCCAGCCGUCGCCCUUCAUGCACCUCCUCGCCCGUCCUCUUCUGAUGCGACAGACUCGUGUUACCCAUAUCCCGCUGCCGCCACCGCCGCCGCCGCCGCCGCCGCCAGCCUCAACCCAAGCCACCACGAUCACAACAGCGAAACGCCAGUCUGGGCAUCGACCACACCGCUCUCAGGUCCUACCUUGGCCGUCUCCGAGCCCUAUUUCCCGCAGUCACUGCAACUCUGGCCGCAUGAAGAACAAGGGCCACCCUCUUCCUAUCAUCACCCUCCUUCCCCCUCCGUCUACCCACCUCAUUCCUCCUAUCUCUUCUCUCCCCUCCCUACUUUCUCCUCCCAGGACGGUUGUACUCCCCGUCUUCAAUACGUUGGUUCAUAUACGGACUUGGAAAACAUGACCCUACGGCGACAGCAGGAUAGUGCCGACGAUAUUGGCAGUGGGCCUCCUGUAGUCGGGACGCAAGCUGAAUUAUUCUCGCACCAUGCAUCUCCUCGCACCGGAUCGCAGAGGACACUCGAUGCGCCUUCGAUACAGCCAGAGACAACCCAAACCCAAGUCACCCACAAACCGAGGCUUAAUAACACACCAACGGCAACGGCAACAGCAACGGUACCGAUGCCUCCGGGCCCACAUGACAGCCAGAAGCUGGCCGGUACGUCGGUCGCUCUCGCUCCGCAGCUAUCUGCCGAUAUUACCCGCACCACGGCGCCGAAUCUGCCGGAACACGAGUCCUGGGUCGAUCUAGAUUCCAUCCAUCUCCGUCUCACCCUCGACCCACAGCCUGCUCCGACCGAAACUACCCCGUCCGGGCUGCCGACGUCAGAACCCGCCGACGCAUAUCGUCAGCGUAUCACCAGAGGCUGCUUUUCCGACAAAGAACGCCAAGAGACUGCCGAGACUCGCCGUAUGAAGGCAUGCAUGCGUUGUCGCAUCCAGCGCGUUCGGUGUGUUGCCAAUCCAGAAAAUCCCCGAGGCGACUGCCUCACCUGCACUCGAGUCGACCGCGCCUCCCGCAAGACCAUCCGCCCAAUAUUCUGCAUGAGGUACAAAGUGACCGAUGUCAUCCUGCAUCGCCCUGCUGGCUCUCUUGGUCUUACCCGUCGGUGGCAGAACGGCCGCAUCACCGACCUCGGCGAUUGGGAUGCUCCCACAGUUCGGACUAUUCAAAUCAUGCAACCGAUGUGUCCCGAACCCUUCAAAUUGGAAGUGCGCAAGUUUGUUCCUCGCCAGGGCGACAGACUCGAUCGGGAGUGGCUUGAUGGGUCCCUCAAGAAAGUCAAGCCCGUCGCGCCGUAUGCUUUGGCCGACAUUCGGCGGACCGUCAGGUACUUCCGGACCUACGUCACGAGAUGCGCCAGAGAUGCCUUUCAGAAAUACUGCACCGGUAGCAAUGACAACCUGGAUCCCCUGAUUGCCAAGAACUACCAAGCUGCUGUGCUGCAUCACCAGUCUCCUGACCUUCCAGCUGAUCAAAGGCAACUUCUCGACACCGUAUUCCGUCUCUGGUUUGCUACUCAACUCACACUCGGCUCCUCUUGGCUACACGGUCCAGAGACUCUCGACAUGGAGCCCGAAACCGAUCUAUCUUAUCCUCGUCCUAACACCGUCCCGACUCCGCGCAUGGUAGUUGCUCAGUUCGACUUUCUCUACCCCCUCGAGAUUCUCAAGCCCCUCCGCGCGGCCGUUCUGAAAGACCUUGAAAAGCUCGUGCAUUCGGCAAACAGGACCUGUUUCUUCACCGUUUACAUCAGCAUCUUCAUAUUGCUCAAUCUGGUCUCCCAGAUGUGCCAGGACGACCGACGUCGGCAGGCCAAUUUGUAUGCGCAGAGUACGUCAUCGCCGCAAAAGAUUUCUAUGCGCUAUCAUCUGGUCCAGUUUGUAGAGGAAGUACAACGCAGCGCCCUCGUCAUGCUCUGCCAUUGGCACUACUACAAAGGUCAAGACGAGGUUCUCGGGGCUCACACCGUCCGGAACCUGCCUCUUACGCCAGAACAAACGGCACUCUAUACUGAGACGUCGAGUUUCAUGACGAAUCUACGGGAAAAUGGUCUCCUUGCUUUGGACGACUAUGAGAACCCCUCUUUCUGGACGGCGCAGAUGUUUCCCACACGGUGGACCCCCGGCUCGACUUACACGGCGCCGUAUUAUGACAACCUUCAAGCUGACUAGUCGAGGUCAGUCGUUUGCGGAACACGCUUAUUUUGACGAUUAUCGAUCGAUAGUCCACAGGAAGUGAUUAAACGACGCUUGUUGGUUUCUUUCUAUAUAUGUUCAGCAUGUAACAUAGGUAUAGCCCCAUGGUUCUGGAUUUUCUCUCUAUCUGGCGCAUGUGUACGGCGAAUGUGAAGGUACUACUGACAAGAGAUUUUGUUCGAAAUACUAUAUACACGUAUGUUUUGUUUGGUAA